GUCACGUGCCUCUUGUUCAAGUUUCCGCCGCGUCCUAGGGCCGAACCGGGGGUACUCGCAUCUUCCCCGUCGGCGGCGCCAUGGCGGACGACGACGAUGACUCAGACGAGAAGUCGUCCAUGUCCUCCACCAUGUCCACGACUGGUGCCGGCAAAGGCAAGGCUGCCGGCGGGGGCUCGGGCUUCGGACUCUGCCUGUGCCUUGUGGGUGUGCUCGGCGUAUGCGGGGCGUUAGCGGUGGCCGCUUUCCUGCUGCUCGACGAAGGCGGCGGCGCCAACAAGACGGCCAACGCGAGCGAAGCAUCAUCGGCAGCCUCCAGUGCGGCCUCGUCGGCCGCUGCGUCGGCGGCUUCCUCGACCGAGGCCGCCGCGCCGCCUGAGGGGGGCCGCGGGGCGACCGAGAACGCGCCGCGGCUCGACGCGUACGGGCGCUUCGCCCAAGAGGAGGACAAGCCCCUGAAAGGGGCCGUCGUGGCCAGGCAGCGACAACAUCGAAAAUUGUCCAGGCGACGCUCCCGCGUCAGGUUGGCCAACGGGGCUGUAGCGAGGCAGUCGGGUCGGGACCAAGGGACCGAGAGGGCAUCGGAGAAACGCGCCAAGCAUGCGGCAGCCAUUCGACGCUCUACUCGACGCUUCACGAGGGACAUCAGCCUGGCCACCAACGGAGUCAGGUUGCACAGAAAUCGGCAGCACCCGGCCAACGCACCAUCUGCCGGCGCAGCAGCGCACCGUAGCGCGAGCUUGAGGACCGACAGCGACAAGAGUGUGGCCAGCUCACACAAGGUGUCGGUGGCUUCCGCUGACAGUCAAAAGAAGGCGACGGUAACGAAACGUGCUGUUACAAGGAAGAAUGCGACGCGAAGAGCCGGCACGGCAGAUGGUAAUGGGAACACAACAGACCGUUUAAACGAAAAGGCCGCUAUGGCCAGCUCAGACAAGGUGGCAGUGGUUUUUGCUGGUAGUCGUGCGAAGGAGUUGACAAGGAGAACAGCUCCUGCAAGCGAGGACACGACGCGAAGUGCCAGCACGUCAGAUGCCAACAGAAGCACAACGGGCAGCUCGGACGAUUCCCGUGCUAUCGUCAGAUCAGACGAGGUGUCGUCGAUUUCCUAUGGUAAUCGUGCCGACUCGUCGUCAAGCUCACGAGUUGCUACAGGUGAGGAUACGCCGCGAAACGCGACGAUGGAAGUGCCGUCAGGACCGAGAAUGAAUUCUCCCGAGCUCGUGGCGCCCCAGGCAGCUUGAGUGUUCUCCACGCACAAUAGUGUUGCCUUUCAUGAUACGCGAGAUGACACUCGUGAAUAUUAAAGUACCAUAUGCCGCUUCAGUUCUCUUCUCUGCAGAAUAAGAAUCACUUUGCCUAGAUUUUGACAUCGUAAUUUUCUGUUAGCAUGAAUCGACUGUUCAUGCGCAGUUUAUAUGGUUAUUAAAAAUUGUAUGCA